AUGCCUGUCAGUGACCCUUUGUCCUGGACAGUGGACCAACUCGUUGCCGAAAUCUGCCACUCAGCUGUGCUGUACCAGGCUGCAGGGGUCUCCGUCGCCAAUAUUCCCGAUGGCGCCGCGCUUGAGAAACAACUGAGAGCGAGGGAAAUUACGGGAAGGGAAUUCCUGAACUUGUUUGACAGGUCCGAAAUAGCAGUCAAAAAUGCGCUCAACAUAGCUAGCCUAAGUCAACGGUUGGCUCUAGUGAAUGUGUCUGACCUACUCCGAUCGCGAUCUUACACACAUGACCAACAAGCAGCCACAGCGGGCGUCAAGUCGCUCAAUAUAAGCAGAGAAAGUCGUCCUGAACUCCCCGGCCCAUCUGAUCACACUGCCAAUGGACGCAAGCGGAAAAAAGUCACGCCCGUAACGACUGCGCCGGUGCCUAAGAGGCCUCAAGCUGUCCAAACGUAUGUUGCAGGACCAAGCGCAGGAUUUCUCCCAGAUGCAUCAGCCGACAAAGAAAGCUGGAGCCAUCUACUACGAUGGGAAAAUGAAGCAGCCACCGACGACAUUGUAGACCUUGCCGCCGAGGAAUACCAGGAAGAAGAAGAUGAAGAAGAUGAAGAGCUACCGGAAGAAGAAGAGGAUGUAGAAGAAGCACCCUGUCCGAGUAAAUUGAGCCAAAAUCAGGUCGUCGAUAUCAUUAAUGAGCGUAUUGAGUUUUAUACCACUUCCUGGAAGCCUAACAAAGGCGCUGCCCGGGGGGAGGAAAUAGAUUACGACACCGUGCGCAUGUGGGAAGAAGCAGAAGCAUCGGGACAAAGGAAAGCUCUGGUACAGAAGUAUAAUAUGGAUCAUACCUAUUUUAGACAGAGACUUGACACGUUGUGUGACGAGAUUGUAAAGUUUCCAGGACGCAAUGCGGAACAAGUACGUCGCCAGUGCUGCAAUCUCGAGGUGACUGUUGAGUCUAUGGAACUUGCUGGCUGGCUCCGAGAUAUCUAUAGCCUGUCGCCUGUCGUAAACAGCGACGAGGAGCUUCAAGACGAACCACAGCCAAAUGACCAUUCUCCAGUACAGCAACCGCAUCCUGGUGCUUCUAUGAAGAUUAUUGAUCUUAGUUCACCAUCGCCACAAUCUGAGAUCGAAGAAGAAAUGGCCGGGAAAGUCUUAGAAUUCCGGAGACAGUUGUCCAUACCAGACUUAGUCAUUGCUGACAGCGCGGAGCCAGCCAUCAUGCCAACCUACUCUGAAGUGGUCCCAACACGCACUCCUAUUAAUCAUGGAGACGAGCCCGAACAUGCCUCAAUCGGCACAGUACGCCGCUGGCUAUGGACAGACCUGAUGGAGCAUCUUGAUCGCAAGCGUGUGGUUUCGAAAGCAAUAUUCGAAUUGAGAGUGGAUGACCGUGAACUAAUCCGCAAUCGAGUCUGGCGGGUUGGAAAGAUCGCUACUAUUCGAGAAAUUGCAGCAUGCGUUGAGAUGCUGUGGAGAGGCGAGACAAAGCUCCGAGGCGUGCUUCCGCGAGACAUGCCGAAAAUCUUGGUCGUGACCGAUCUUUUCUUGUCCUGGUGGUUUUGCCGUAACUACUUUAAAGGACCUAAAGCACCUAAAGAGGAGCUGGCAGAGUUGAAGCUCUGCAUCGAAGACGGCUCAGCUGAGAUGACAACUUUUUACGACUACGUGCAUACCGUCAUGGGGACAACCUUUAGCGAAGAAGCUCUACAGCACCCUGAACGACCAUCACAGGCAAAGAUUAUCGAAAUUUCAGACGAUGAUGACUGA